GAGAGACCGUGCAUCGGAGCGAACCGCGAUCAGAGAGAAAAAACAAAGAAAAGGGGUCUUCAAUUUUUUGAUUCAGGAAAUUCUCUGUGGGGAAAAUAAGGAUCGUAAUAUACAGAGAAAUGUGAAGGCAAGUUUUUGAAGAGAUAAGAAGCAAUGGCAGGAGAAACUACAUGGGUUUCAGAUGGGAAGUGUGAAACGAAAAAGAAGAAAGAAAAAUAAAGCUGAGAGUAUUAUUGUUGUGAUGAUAAUUUUUCGUCCUGAAUCUCAAUUGUGGGAGCUCCAAUAAGGUCAGCCCAUUGAUAUUCUGGUGUAUGUGAGCUCAUUUAUUCUUCAAGUUUGAAUCUUUACGUUCUUUUGAUUCAUUAUUUUUGAAGUUCAAAUUCGAGAAUAAAAAUCUGAACUUGAAGUUGAAAAUUCAAGCUUGAAUCUUCAAUUGAGGGAGUGGCAUUUUGGGUGUGGUGGGAUUUGAGGAUAUUGUUGAAUUCUGGUGGUUUACUUAGAGUUGCAGGGAGGUAUCUUAAUUUUGAUUUUGAGAUAUAUGCCAAUAAAGGGUUUUAUUUGUAUCAUAGUAUAGAACUUGGGUCCAAGCUGAAGAAUUCGAAGUAUCUGAAAUCUGGGUUUUUUGGAGGGAGGGUUGGUUUUAAUUGAAAAUUGAGAUCUCAUGGUAUGAACUCACUCACCCUCCAGUUGUCCUCGUUCGAGAUGGGUUUGAUUUAACAUUUUUUGGGGCUACUAGAAAGGUACAUGUUCAUGAACUGGUUAUUGGGAGAUGGAGUAUAAUGGCCCUAAUUUACUCCACUGUUCUGUAUCGUCGCUGUGGUAGCUUGUAUUUUUGGUUUUAUGGAUUUUUAGUGUGGUGAAAGAGGAGAAAGAGAGAUGCAACCGCCUCAUCAGCAUUCGCGGAUCAAUCUCGUUGAGUUGAAAACUCAGAUAGUAAAGAAACUUGGGCCUGAAGGAUCCAAUCAGUACUUUUAUUACUUACAGAAAUUCUUGAAUUUGAAACUGAGUAAGGUUGAUUUCGACAAACUAUGUCUGAGAGUUCUUGGACGGGAGAACAUUUCACUCCACAAUCAGCUUAUUCGUUCAAUACUUAGAAAUGCCAGUUGUGCAAAGUCUCUGCCUCCGGCGUGUCAUAAGAAUGAUGCUUCGAAACAUGGUAUGCAUGUCGGUAUCCAGGAGAUCCGUUCUGAUGGUUACCAGCAAAAUGGGUCCCACAUUGUCAUGGCUCAGGCUUCUGGUUCACCAGGUUUUUCAAAUGGAGGUGACAUACUCCGGGUUUCACCAAAGAAAACAAGAUCUGGUUUCCGUGAUAGGAGAGGUGGGGACCGCCGAAGCGCUCUUGCACCAAAUGGAAAGACUAGUUUUCCUCCUCUGGUGGCUGCUACCACUCAGCCUAUAUUGGAGAAUGGGGAUCUGAAUCCACCUGGUAGUGGGAUAUCGGUGCAAGAAGCAGAGGAUGAAAGAGAGAACAUGGCUUCCCACUCUGCCAAAAUGCCGGCAGUGAGGAAAUCACCCGACAGCCAGACAGGUGUAUAUAGCAAGGAGCAGAUGGAAUUGGUAGGUAAACAUGGUAGGAAAGAGGCUUCUUCUAGGAGUGUACUUCAAGCACCCCUCGGUGUUCCUUUAUGUACAGUUAGCAUCGGUGGAGCUUGCAGAGCUCUACCUUCUGCAAUUAGCUGUAGAUCUAUUGGAACGCUUGAUGACAGCACUUUGUUGGACAGUCAUGUAUUGAGUGACCGGGUGGAGAACAUUGCUUUAGCACAGGGUCUAAAAGGAGUGUCAGUGGACUGUGCCAACAUACUGAACCAUGGGUUAGAUUCUUAUAUCAAGGGAUUAAUUAGGUCUUGCAUUGAACUUUCCGGAGCUAGGCCGGGGCAUGAAUUGACAAUGAAUAGUUCCAACAAGAUCCCCACUCCAGUGAAGCUAGAUAACGGUAUCAAACCUGGUCAUCAGCAUCAGAUGCCAAAUGGCUGGACACAUCAGAUGCUGAAUGAUGGUGCAGAUAAGUAUCAGAUGCAAGAACAGAAAGUCCUCCACAAAAUUUCGUUGCAGGAAUUUAGAGUGGCUAUGGAGCUGAAUCCACGGAAACUUGGCGAGGACUGGCCAUUGUUACUAGAGAAAAUAUGUACCCAUGCAUUUGAAGAAUGACAUAGAGACAGAAUGUUCUUGCUUCCUUCCCAGUUGAGUGAAGUGGUCCCUGAUGGAUCGAAAGGCAUGAUAUUUUCCACCUUCGUGUCCUUUAAUUUCUCCUGUUCAUGGCCUUUGGAACCAGCAUAGAUAUCUUAAAGUUCAAUUCCAAGAUAAUGGAGGACCAAACUACUCCAGGGCUUUCUUUAAUUGGGAGAGCCCAUCAUCGGCAACUAUCAGAUCAGAAGAAUGCCUUGAAUUAGGGUGCGCUGUUGUAUAAUUAGCAUAAUCCCAACUUAUAAUUUUUUUUCCUUUAUCCUGUAAUUUACAGCCAAAUGAGAAAUUCUAGAACAGUUUUGCAGGAAUAAUUUGUUAGUUCUCGUCAACACAAAGGGUGGGAUUCUGUGAUGCAAUAGAGAAGUUCAUGUACCUUCACCACCAAUAUUGGUUGGAAUUUAAUAUAAACAACACGAAUACAAUUUUCCUAGCUUGCACUUGCUGGAUGUUUCUGUGAGAAGACUGCUUUAGUUCAUCAUUGCAUUUAAUCAGUUUACCAAUCUCUUUUUUACUUCAUGGUGCGAAGGGGCUUAUGAAGUUGUUAAUUCUGGUAAACAAAAAUUCUUUUGUAUCACAGUGAAAAAGUUAUUUAAUAGAGUAUUUCAUAAAUCAUUACCUAAGGAGCACAAAGUCGUGAAUUGCUUGUCUUCAUGUCUUGUAUGAUGUUUACCUUACUUAGCACUAGGGUUAGCAUUAAAAUCAUGAUGCAUCUGAGAAAUCUUCCUCCUUUUAUUUGCUUGUUGAUACAAUGAUCUGAAUUCUGGCUAACGUAGCAUUCACUAUUGGCAAGGAUUCUGUGUUGCAUCUAAUCAGUUCAGGCACAAUGUAUGCAACAGUCCUUUCCUGUGGAGAGAUGGCAGUAUAGCCCAUGGUUGAGCUGCGUUAAAAAUGUUUUGCUGAUUAUGUUUAUCAUUUUAAAGAAAGUUAGGGCAUAGUUCAUUUAUUUACCCAACUGUGGCUUAAUUGCAGUCACUUCACGCUUUUAAAAAGUUUACAGUGUGUAUUUCAGACCAUUAUUCUCUGUUUAUCUUACUUAUUCAGCUUCCAAUUCCUAUAGAAUCUGAUCAGAGCAGGGAUCAAGCUGUGUCAACGUUUCUAGGUAUCCAUAAUGUGUAAGUACUUGAUUCUGUAGUUAUUUCAACUAAAUGUUCGGAUAUAGUAAUUUACUUUUCAGGCUUGGUGGAUGGCCAAUCUAGCUGGAGAGUGGAGGCAACAACAGCAUGACUCGGAAUGUAAAUGGAAAUGUUGGUUUUCGCAAGUCAGCAUAUGAAUUGACCCCUAGCUUAUUUCAGGAUGCAGUCGCUACUGAAGGCGAGCUAGACUUUUCGGGACCCUAAUUAGAACUUAAGUCAAGUACGCCCUUCAUUUGUUUGGCAGUCCAUUGGAUCUCUGUAUGCAUAUCUUCACACACAAGGAUUCUCAUUUUGAAUUUUGUAGCACCUUCCAUUUAUCUUUAUGUUUUAGGCUUUUCACUGUGCGCUGCAAGAGAUGAAUUACAAGCCCGUUGUUCAGUCGACUUGACUGCUUAUACGGCAAAAUCUUGAAUUUUCAUGAAUCAAAUUUGCAAAAUUCUUAGAUACAUGGAUGCAAUAGAGGAUCUGAUGCAGAUAUUCCACCUCCUUUAGGUGACUGGGCAGUGUAGUUGUUUGAUCCUCAACCGCGUGCCACAGCCA